GAUGCGCUAUAUUUAAAGCUACUAGAUUAUUCAUCAAUUUCCCGUUGUCACAAUGGGGACUGACUCAUCGAUGAAAGCUGUUGAGGAACAGUCUGGCCCAAAGAAGGAAGAGACUUCUAAGGAUGACCUGUCUGAGGAAGACAAACAGCUUCAGGACGAGCUAAAUAUGCUCGUGGACAGACUUGAGGAGCCGAACCAGGAACUACAUAAGCCAGCUUUAGAGUCCAUGUGUACAUUGAUAAAGUCCUCUACAACGUCCAUGACAUCCGUUCCCAAGCCCCUAAAAUUCCUGAUGCAUCAUUAUGCCAAAAUUAAGUCUUUCUACAACACUAUAUGUAAUCCGGAUACGAAAAAACUUUGCGCUGAUGUCGUAUCCGUUCUGGGCAUGACUGUAACUGACCAGCCUGAAACGCGUUAUGAUACACUGACUUACAGACAUCUUGGUUGCCAGGGUGAUAUCGGAGCUUGGGGUCAUGAGUAUGUUCGUCACUUAACGAAUCAAAUCGUCGGUACUUGGCAAGAAAAAGAAUACGAUUCUCUAAUGGAUAAUCCUGAAGCCACAAACGAAAUGAAAAAGCAUCGAGAAGACUGCCUCUCUCUUGUUCACCAAAUAAUCCCCUACCUGAUGGAGCACAAUGCAGAGGCUGAGGCAAUUGACCUUUGUAUCGAAAUUGAACAGCAUCAUCUUCUAGAGGUGUAUACAUCAAGUUUAAACUAUACUCGAGUGUGUCUUUAUCUGACGAGCUGUGUAGCUUAUCUGCCUACACCAGAUAACAAUAAGGUACUUCAGUAUGCAACUAUUUUGUACCGUAAAUUCGAGGAUUUGGGCAAUGCUAUGCGUUGUGCUUUACGUCUAAAUGACAUGAAUUUGAUCCGCGAAAUAUUUUUAGAGUCUGGGAAGGUUAAAACAGGUUCUCGUAAUUAUGGACCAGCUAUCCAACGUCAACUUGCCUAUCUUCUUGGCCGACAGAACAUUGUAUUUCCAGAUGAGGAAUGUUUAGCAGAUGAGGAAUUAACAGAAAUGCUUUGGAAUACCAGGUUAUCAGAACACUUCUUGUCUCUUGGUCGUGAAUUAGACAUUAUGGACCCAAAGUUACCAGAGGAUAUCUACAAAUCUCAUUUGGAGGCAGUCAGACCAACUUUAAAUGCGGCCACUUUAGACUCGGCACGAGCUAAUUUAGCUGCAUCCUAUGUGAAUGGACUUGUAAAUUGUGGUUUCGGUAAGGAGAAGCUACUACAAGAAACGCCUAAAGAGGUCCCAUGGUUGUGCAAACAGAAGGAAUUCGGUAAAAUGAGUACUGUGGCUACGCUCGGUUGGGUACUUUUAUGGGAUGUUGACACUGGGUUGUCGCAACUUGAUAAAUAUCUUUAUUCUGUAGAGGAUCAUACUCGUGCUGGUGGUCUUUUAGGUUGUGGAGUUGUCAAUUGUGGUGUUAAAAACGAAUGUGAUCCUGCGUUAGCUCUCCUUGGAUCUUAUGUAGAUUCUGACAAGGACGUCCUUUCUCGUGCGGCAAUCAUCGGUCUCGGUGUAGCUUACGCUGGUUCAAUGAAAGCAGAAGCUAUAAGCACUCUUACACCUGUUAUCCUGGAUAUUAAUACAGCGAAGCUUCAACAUGCUUGUUUGGCAGCACUUUCAGCAGGCCUUAUCUCAGUUGGUUCACUUGAUGGGACCGUCACUUCCACUAUCAUCCAAAGUUUAUUGGAAAGACCCGCAAGUCAUUGGAGCAAUGUUUUUAGCAAAUUCAUGGCACUUGGUUUAGGUUUAACGUGUUUAGGCCGACAGGAGGAAGUUGAGGUUAUUCUGGCUUCUUUAGAGGCUGUAUCUGAACCUAUGAAAUCAAUGGCUCACAUGAUCUGUGACUUUUGUGCUUAUGCUGGCAGUGGGAAUGUAUUAAAAAUUCAAAAUUUACUGCAUAUCCUCUCUGAAAAGUAUGAAGAAAAAGAAAAUACUGAUAAGGCUUCCAAUACAAAAACAAAAGAGAAAAAGGAAAAGUCGAGUGAAGCUCGCCGUGGAGGGGGUCGUGGGAGAAAUCGUCGUGGUGGGUCAACUAGACCGGCUGCUACAUCUACUACUAAUGACCAUAAUAAUGGACAUAAUACAGAUGCUCCUACAGCUAUGGACAUUACUGGUCAAGUAAAUGAAGACACCAUUACCUCAGAAGAGACAGGCGUUCCCCAACCCAUACCAAUGGAUACGUCCAAUGCAGAAGAGCCCACACCACAGGAAGACAGUACAUUUGAUUUUCAUGCUCAUCAGGGUCUAGCUGUUUUGGGAGUUGCUAUAAUUGCUAUGGGUGAAGAAAUCGGCCUAGAUAUGGCCUUCCGAAUGUUCGGCCAUCUUUUAAGAUUCGGCGAACUUCCAAUUAAAAGAGCUGUCCCACUAGCUCUUGCAUUGUGCUACGUAUCGAAUCCUCAGCUAAAAGUAUUGGAUACUUUGAGCAAAUUUAGUCAUGAUUCAGAUGCAGAGUUAUCACACAAUUCCAUAAUUGCAAUGGGCAUUGUCGGUGCAGGAACAAACAAUGCACGUUUAGCUGCUAUGUUACGUCAGCUUGCUGUUUAUCAUAGCCGCGAUCCAUACAAUUUGUUCUUAGUUCGACUUGCUCAAGGCUUAACACAUCUUGGAAAAGGGACACUCACACUGAGUCCUUGGCAUUCUGAUAGAUUCCUAUGCCGUCCUGUUGGGUUAGCUGGACUUCUCAUACUAUUAACAUCUUGUCUGGAUAUGAGGAUGACAUUUAUGAGUAGACACGAUUACCUGAUUUUUUAUAUUACACCUGCAAUUCAACCUCGUUUGUUGAUGACUUUCGAUGAAGACUUGAAACCUUCGCUUGUGACUGUUCGUGUAGGUCAGGCUGUCGAUGUUGUUGGUCAGGCAGGAAGGCCGAAAACCAUCACAGGAUUUCAGACGCAUACCACACCAGUUUUAUUAUCUCAUGGUGAACGUGCGGAACUUGCAACCGGUGAAUAUUUACCUAUAACACAACUUCCUUUAGAGGGUUUCAUACUUCUCCGAAAGAAUCCUGAAUACGAGGAAACAAAUAAAUAA